AUGAAUAUUGACAAUACGACAAAUACAACAACUAAUAUACAACUUGUACAAGGACAACAACAUAGACGGAAGAAAAAAUGCUAUGGUAAUCGGAGCGAUCAACGUUUUCGAAAGCGUUGUCGUAAUCAAAAAAUGAGCGAAGAACAGAUAGAACAAUUUGUUAACCAACGAAUAAAUGCUCGUAAAACAAAUCCACCAUAUCAAGCUGUUGCUAAUAGACAACAGAUGAAUACAACAGUGUCAAAUAUAUCUAUCGGACAUGAAUUACCAUUAAAUGAAAAUAGAACAACAACGACUAUAAAUAUAAAAUCCAAUAAACGUAAAAAAGAUGCUAUAUCAAAAGAAAAAACAUAUAAUGUUCCUAAAUCAACGAGUACAUUAUCAGUUCUUCAACCGUCAACAAAGAAGAUGAAAAAGAAAAACAAGAAAAGACGACGACGACGACGACAACAAAGAACAAGAAAAAUGAAGAAAAUUAUUAAAAAUAAGAAUUAUCAACCAUCAGGUUAUUUAAGGGCAUCCUCUCAAGCGUUAAUGAACACUUUAAGAAAACAUCUAAAUCAUCCUCUUAAAAAAAGAAACGAACAAAAAUUCGUCUAUUCGCGAUUACAUCUGUUCGAUGAAGAAUUUGCUUUAGAUCUUAAUCGAUAUUUAUGGCAAUCAUAUUUGGAAAUUGGAUCACAACAACAACAGCCACAAAUCUGGCCAAAUGAAGUUUAUAGAGCAGCCAAAACCAAUGAAUCUAAUUUAUGUCAACAAUAUAUCGUAGAUUCUUUAAAUCAAUCAAAAACUUACCUUGAUCUAUGCUAUGCUAAAUUAAAUACGCAAGCUCAGUCAUGGAUAUCAACACUUCCUUCGCUGGACAUACUCGAUGAUAAUCUUAAGAAAUUUGUUCGCCAACAAAAAAAACAUUCAUCAACAAGAAUAAAUAAGCAAUUAAAACAAUAUAAAGAUGUUCUAGAAGAAAAAAAAUCAUUUCAACAAAUAUCACUCUAUCUAACACCAAACGAUCGAAUACUUGUGGAUGAAUUAAUUAACUUGCAACAGCUACAGAUGCAACUUAUGGAAGAAUUUGCUAUGUUAGAACAACGAAUUAUUUGUAAAUUAUUACCUCAAAACUUCGAUUCUAUAGACAAUUUAAUUAAACCUCCUCUUUAUACACCUUUACUUCAGGAUGUGACAUCGAUUGAGUUCAAAAUUCAACAUUACAAGAUUAUACAACAAAUAAAACGUACAUGGUUAAAUAUUUACUUUAAUGCUUAUGAAAAGAAGAUUCAAGAAUAUGAAGAACAAUACAUUGAAAAGUUACAUAAUCUUCAACUACGAUUUGAAUGUAAAAAUAAUGUCAAUCGAAUAUUUCAUCUCAAUUCAAUCAAAACUUAUCUACAUAAUCGAAAACAACGAACGAUUCAACAGAUCUAUAUCGAUAUGUCAGAUUAUCGAAAAAAAUUACUAAAUUAUCGUAAACGUUCAUCAAAAGCAAAGAAAACUAUAGAUGUAUCUCCAAAACCAAUUUUCUAUCUAUUAUUUAAUCCUUUCAAUGAUCAGGAACGUGAUUAUCUUUCUAAAGGCCCAAACUAUAUAAGAAUGAAUCAAAGUGCUGUUCCGUCCGAUAAGAAACGAGACCAUCUUAUUAAAAAAGAAUACAAGAAUAUUAUUAAAAAAGUGAAAGAUUACCUUUAUACAUACCAUCAUAUAAAUCGAGAAAAGCCGAUUUAUGAUAUAUAUUCAAAAUGUCUUCAAAACUGUCUGAAUCUCCGUUAUAUGACUUCGUUAUCAAUAUCUGAUCGAAUUCGUGUACAACGUGAGUACAAAGUUGUCAAAUCGAUUCGGUUCAAAUUAAAAAAGUACAAACUUAUUCUUCGUGAAACCGACAAAAGUGGUGUAUUUUGUAUUCUUCGAGCUAUUGAUCAUGAACAAAAAGUAAAAGAAUAUCGAGACAAAACAAAAGCUUACAAAGAAUUAACUUCCAAUCCAUUUGAAGCAACGUUAAACAAGGUUAUUCGAUUACUUAAUGAUCUUCGUGCGAAACCGGACAAAAUUAGAGCUUGGCAACAAUGUGAAAUGGUGCCCAAUCGUAAGACAUGUAAACUAGCUUACAUGUAUUUCAAUCCUAAAACACAUAAGGAUGGUACACCACUACGACCCAUUAUGCAUACUAUUGAUUCACCAACAACGAAUAUCUCACGACUUUUAGAUCGAUUCAUUCGACCAAUAUUUAACAACAACGCUAAACUAACUACUAUUAUUGAUGGUGCUCACCUCAUUAAACGACUUCAAGAAUAUGCUAAUGCUGGACAUUUAAAACCAACUACUUUAUUUUGUACUUUUGAUAUUAAUAAUUUAUAUACAAUGCUACCACAACAACAAUCACUUGAUAUUCUUCAAGAAUUUCUUCAAACUUAUGAAAAAUCACACGUCAGAGGAAUCGAUAUUGCAACUAUUCGUGAAUUAGCUCGUGUUGUUAUAGAAGAAAAUGUUUUUGUCUAUCAUAACAAAUACUAUCAACAGAUUAUUGGUGGAGCAAUGGGAUCACCAUUUACAUUAACUUUAGCAAAUAUAUUCAUGUGGAAAUGGGAAAAAGAAUCAAUUUGCAAAGAAUUACCUUCCCCCGAAAUUUAUGGCCGGUAUAUUGAUGAUAUUUUUUUUACAUGGAAUGAUACUCAAGAAAAUCUCGAACAACUACUGAAAAAACUCAAUAAUCAUCAUCCUAAUAUUAAAUUAGAAUAUAAAAUAGGUCAAAGUCUUCCAUUUCUUGAUGUUCUACUUACGAAUAAUAAUGGUGCUCUUUCGACAUCUGUCUAUCGUAAACCAGCUUCUGAACCUUAUGUGGUACCAUUUACUUCUGAUCAUCCUCACCAUAUAUUUCGAAAUAUUAUUCGAACUGCACUUUUACGUGCUAUAAGAUACUCUUCUACAUUCGAAGCAUUCAAUGUUGAACGACGCAAUAUACGAUUAAUGUUAUUAUAUAAUGGGUAA